CAUUGUUUACAAAUGGCGGACGAACCAAAAGAACACGAAAUGAAAGAAAGCGACAAUCCAGAAAAGAGUUUAGAAGAUUUUGUCACAGAACAUUAUAAUAAACAAAAAAAAGAAGGAAAAAUGGAUGCUACCGAGGAGAUUGAUGACAAAAGGACCAUGGACUUUUUUGCACGAGCCAUGUCAGAGAGUAAAAGGAUGAACUUAGAAGUAAACAAGUCAGAACAGAAGCUGGCUAAGCUACAUGCUGAGUUAGGGAAGGAGAAGGUGGCUGCAUGGCAGGCCGAGCACGCAGCUGAAGUUCUCACACCAGAGCAGAUGAGGCACAUGGGAUUCCAACAACCCUCUUGAAUUCUUUUCAAAAUGGAUAUUUGCAAUUUUUUUUUUAAGUGAAGGACUAAUUCUGUACUCAGCGAUAGACAGUCUACAGAAUCAAUUUACUGCUUGCGGAUGGUUUCAAAUGGAGAAGCUAGUUUAUACACAUAUCCUGAACUUUCAACAUCAUUAUAGCUAAGAAUUUCAAUAUAUUUGCAUUCCUGUACAUAUUUCAUUGCAUUAAUUGUAACUGUUUGUGUAAUGAUAAAAUAUAAACAAAUAUUUAAGUCUUAAG